GUUGGUGUAUGUUGCUCUAUUGGGAUAACUCGCCAAGCUUGUGGAUGUAUAUAAGUUUUCAGUUGACGUGUUCUCGUUUGCAAGUCAUGCCUAAAGGCAUUAAGUAAUAGGACUCUCGACUCGUUCACAAGAACCGGAACAAACUCAAAGCUGACUUAAUUUUCUGAAGGACAUUCCACACGCUUGGCUGUGUUAUUUUCACAACUUUGGGAUGUUAAUUUAUUUAUGUAGCAACUGCUUCAAAAGACUUCACUAGAACAACGUUUUACGAAAAAAGGGGCCAACAUUAACCUCAGAAAAAGACUUGAGUUAACACACAACGUGAACAACACACAAGAAGAAUAACUGCGCAUGCGUGAGAAUGAGGAACCAAUCAGAGCCCUUGACGUCACCAAUGAAAUUGCCCAAUCUCUCAGAUUCAUUUACACGUGACUUCCCAAACCAAUCAUCGUCAACCGGAAGUAAAUCUUUAAGCCUCCUAGAGUUAGUAGUCUGGUCUGGCUCGUUUGGCAUUCUCGCUGUGGCCAUUUUUGUUGGUAAUGCUUUAACAAUCGCUGUAUUUACCAGGAAGAAACUUCUUCGUUCCCGGGCCAACUAUUUCCUGGUAUCUCUGGCAGUAGCAGAUUUACUCGUUGGUUGCAUAACCAUCCCGAUGUACUUGUACACGUUGGUUUCUUACUGGAAACACGGACAAUAUACUCCUAUGGACUUCUACUAUUCCUACGUGGCUGUAGAUAUCUUCACUGGUUUUGCGUCGAUUUUCGCAUUAACGAUCAUAGCGAUUGAACGUCUCUACGCCAUAUUGUGGCCGUUAAAGCAUCGCAUCGUGACGAAGCGUCUUUACCAUUUCCUGGUCUCGCUAUCUUGGAUUUUAUCAGGUUUUAUCUCCAUAUUCUACUUCUUAUGGUCAUACCAAGUACUCAAGGUCAGAUUCUUCUUCUACUUAAUCAUCGUCUUCAUAUUCACUUCCCUCAUUAUUAUAUGUAUAGCUUACAGCCUCAUCUGGAUAAGACUAAAAUUCAAAAUAUGUAAGCGCCCGCGCAAGCCAAGACGUCGCUUCAACGACUCGAUUGAUAGUUACUAUGACAAUGUGCGUGACCCUGAGAGCGGUUGCCAACGGCGACUGGACCAUGACGUCAUUCUAACCACCCUUUGUAUUGUGACUGCGAUGUUUUUAAUCACGUGGGUUCCUUUUUAUAUUUUGAAUAUUGUCGUGUUCUUUCGUGGCGGACAAAAGGGCCUACCUGACGAAGCGUUUUACUUCAGUAAACUUUUACAUUAUGGAAAUUCUUUGGUGAAUCCAAUCGUUUAUUCGAUCAAAAUACCAAAGUUUUCCAAGACGUUGUCACUGUUCGUCAGGAGAAAACACAGAGCCGUCGUGAAGUCACUAAGACAGUUGAACUCGAGACCAAACAGUACGAAAAGUUCGUCAAGCCAAAUGAGAAAAUCAAAGGUUAUACAAACUGAUAGUACCAAUAUAUGAACUGCGCGUGCGUGGUAGUCAUGGUUUUUCACCAUGCGAACCUGGAUGCUGCAUGCAUGAAAAUCAUGCAUUAAAACUAUAUACAGCAUGAUAUAUAACUAAGAUUGUGAUACGACAUGUGAAGCUACCAUGGUAAACUAGUAAUUGUGAUUUAUUCUUAAAUGGACCAAAUCUACUUGGGCGUAAUGCUUACCAUUUCAGACCACGUGUCAUUCCCUAGAGUAUUAUUUCUUUGUUUGAGGGUUGCGCAUGAGAAGAUACAUGGAUACAACUCAAUAAAGAGAAUGACACGUGGUCAUUUGGCCUAACUGGAUUUGGUUCGUUGGGGAAUACUGACCUAACUCAUAUGUGAAGUGACAUAUAAAACAAAAUAUCUGAAAUUUAUCAUGGUGUACAACAUGGUAUAACGUUAAAACAUAUGUUCUGAUUGGCAACAUCUGCUGUGGUAUAUUACCCAAAAAAUAUUCCACGAGUUAAAAAAGUCAUUUGGAAAGAAAAACGGGGCUGUCAGUCGCGUAACUAAAUUAAAAAUUAAAUUAAAAGACUUCAUAAAGCUGAUUGUAAAUAUUACGUGGUUGGUAACCUUAUUCCUAAAAUCGAUUUCAAGAAAUACGAGAUYUUUAUUCCGUAGCGACGUAAUCCCUAAUACUUAUAAAGUUGACAAUUCACUGUACUUCAUCUGCGAUAUCAAAUACAAUAAUCAUAAUGUAU